CAGUGGAAUAAUAAGGAACCUUGUUUUGAAAAGGCUUCCAUAUGGAGCCUAUCGAAAUAUUUAAUCAUAGUUUGGUGUGAACGUUAUAUUCAGGGAACUCGCCAAAACGUUGACAAAACAAAUGCUAAUUUUAAAAGAUUUACAUGUUGCUCUUGAAUUUCUAGCUGAGAAUAUCUCAUAUAUAGGAUUUCCGUUAAUUUAUUGAUAUUGUUAGCACAUGCGUUAACGACAGCUAGCAGCUGUUGUCGUUGUAUUAUAAAAGUCAAUUAUUGGUUGACCGAGCUAAACUGUUGUAACUCGCCCAAGCCGACUUAGUCAACCAUGGUCAGGGCGACAUAAAAAAUUGAAAGCAUUUUGUGUAUGUUGUGUUGGCUUCCACAGUGACAUGUGUUCACCAGUACAGGUAUGGAAGAGGAAUGAUAUACAUUUAGUGAUAUAGUGUCGUUUCGAUAAAGCGGAUGUCACACUUACUGCACAUUUAAAAAUAGAUUUAUUGGUCAUAGUUUUUAUGUUGGCCUACAAUGCUUUAAACAUUCAAACAAUGAAAAGCUUAGCUUUUUCACAAGUAGCUGUGCAUCUCACAUUCGCCUCAAGUACGCCACUAUAAAACCGUCUGCCUUACAAGGAAACGUGUGUAAAGUAGAACAUGUGUAUAAAUAUGUGGAGAUUAAGUAAGUAAUCAACAUCCUGGUCAACUCUGGGAUCAAUAUUAACACGUGUUUAUAGCCAGUGUUUGUGCGACAGGGUUAAUACAUUCAGUGUCACGAGAUAAGAGGAUCAUUAGGUAUACUAUGUACUUAAAGAUCGCAUGGAAAGACAGUGUACAGUUUUGUUAAAACGGUCCAUAGUGCCAUUUAAUCUACUAAUGAAAGGAGACGAUGUGUGUUGGAUAAUUAAUACGCAUUUGAAUCAUUGUUAAGUACCGACAAAAGUACGACUAGGGGAAUUUCAGUGAGAAUUACACCAGUGUGAUAAACGUCGGGAUACGUAUGUGAAAACUGGGAACAAUGUUUCGUUUCCGGCUAGGAAAAUUGAAAUAUUUAACAAAAGUGUUGGCAAUGUGUGCUGUAUGUUUGUCAAUGAAACUCUUACACGACACCUACCAGAUAAUUAACAGAGACACGAGUAGCCCACUGCCUGUUGAGAACCGUGAAUUCGUCGAUGGGACGUACAGUCAAUGGUCUAUAUUAAGGAGAAAUAAAACAAAAAUUGAUAUCUAUCUAGAAAAACUGAAACACUACGUAAUGUCUACUGCAUUGGAAGAAAACAAACAUGAAAUUAAGAAAAAAAUUAUCAAAGUCCAUUAUUUUAACAAACCGGACCACGUGUCACCUACAUCUUUCGAUAACUGCCCGGAUGCAUGCACAAUGACUUAUGGCGUUAAUGGUAAUUUGUCUACCAGUGAUGCUGUGAUGUUUCAGGGCCCGCCGCUAGGGAUUACCAAUCCUCAACCACCAACGAAAAUCCGAGGUCAGAUCUGGGUGCUACACGGAAGCGAGGCUCCUGUAUAUUGGAUGGGGUCCUUGUCACCAUGGCGGUGUCUUUUCAAUUGGACCAUGUCAUACCGUCGUGAUGCCGAUAUUCGCCAUUCAUAUGGAGAUUUUAGGAAACGUCAAAGUGUCCUUUCAAAAAUUCCGACCGCUUUAAAUAUUCCUACGUCAUUCAAUCCUGUGGGUUGGUUUGUUAGUCAUUGUAACACGUCAUCAAAACGUGAAUUAUACGUCGAACAACUUACUAAAUACGUCAAAACGGAUAUAUACGGUGCCUGUGGAAAAUUAGUUUGUGAUUUCGAUAAAUUUAAGGAAUGUUUGGAUCGUUACAAGUUUUAUUUGUCUUUUGAGAACGCUAUAUGUCGGGACUAUAUUACCGAGAAAGUUUUCAAUAUUUUCCAAAUCGCUUCAAAUACAAUUCCGGUGGUUCGGGGAUUCAAAAAUCAAUCUUGGAUGUUCUUACCCCCUGGAAGUUACAUAAGUACGGAUGAAUUUUCGUCCCCAGGGAAACUCGGCGAGUAUAUAACAAAACUUCCAAAUAAUAUGACGGCAUUUGAAAAUUACUUUACAUGGAAACAAUUCUAUGAAUCAUACAGCUAUGAGCCUAAUCCUUUUUGUAUAUUAUGCCGGAGGUUACAUCGAUCAGAAUCCUACAGACGCUUAUAUGACGAUAUCGAUGCUUGGCUUAAAGGUGGAAAUCAAGAAUUUUGUGUAGGAGCUGAUGAUGUUGAAUAGUCGGCUUCUCUUGAUAGUAGAUAUUAUGUACUUAUAUAUUUUCUGUACAAUUCUUGAUCAUGUUAAUGUUUAUGCACGAUUCAUUAAUGAGAGCUUGUUGUUAUUGCAACAUGACAUGUUUAUUUUCAAAAUGUAAAUGAAAUAAAAUAUACUAAUUGG